CGAUGACGCACAGUCACGAUAGGGAUUGUUUUUUGUUGCUAUAAUGACAUCAUUUCUUAGCUCGAAAAGAACGAUUUAAAAACUCAUUUAUACGAAUCGCUCAGCUGUGUGUGGUGAUUCUGUUUACAUUUUUUACUAAAAAGUAAAACAAAACAAAAUACAGCACCGACAAAGAAGAACAGAAGUCCGGGUUCCUGCAAGUGCGAGCAAGAAGUUAGGAUUUUUUCUUCUCAAUCAACAAUCAAGAAAGUGAAAUUGUCACCAAAAUGUCUGCUUUGGAAAAGAAUCUUUUCAACCUGAAAUUUGCUGCAAAGCAAAUGGAGCGCAGCUCAAAGAAAUGUGAAAAAGAUGAAAGGGUAGAAAAAGGGAAACUCAAAAAGGCAAUUCAGAAAGGGAACUCAGAGGGAGCCCGCAUCCAUGCAGAGAACGCCAUCCGACAGAAGAACCAGUGUUUGAACUACAUGAGAAUGGCGUCGCGUAUUGAUGCGGUAUCCCAACGUGUACAGACUGCGGUCACAACGAGACAAGUCACAAAGUCCAUGGCUGGUGUCGUCAAAUCUAUGGAAAGUGCUUUGAAGUCUAUGAACUUAGAAAAAGUUACAAAAAUCAUGGACCAAUUUGAGAAGCAAUUUGAGAGUUUGGACGUACAGACGGCAGUGAUGGAUGAUGCAAUGGCGGGAACAACAACGUUGAAUGUCCCAGAGGCACAGGUCGACACAUUGAUGCAAGAAGUGGCUGACGAAGCAGGACUGGAUCUGAAUAUGGAGCUACCAUCAGGACAGACAACAGCCUUAGCCGGGGCCAGCGCAGCGUCUAUGGAACAAGAUGAACUGUCACAGAGACUAGCCCAGCUGAGAAAUCAAUAAGGAAGUUCUUUGAAGCGUUGGUAAUAAAAGUAUUGUAUUAAAUUUCUUUUUAAAGUAUAGCGUUGUAUCUUGCACAAGAGAUGCUCCAUGUGAGAAAAUGUUGUAUCUCGGUGUAUGAUAUGACAUAGUUUCUUACACAAUGUUACGACCUCUUACACUGACACUGGUGAAAACCCUGCUUGUGUGGCAGGUUCAAGUCCGCAUAGUGUUUGAAAAAAACCUGCCUUAUGUUGACCUCUUUUGUUCUUAGAUGUAAUGCUUACCCACACACAGCUCUGUACACUUAAAGCCAAUGGACACUUGCGGUAAGGCCCACACUUUGUGUAUCACAACUUAUAUAUAAAAUAACAAACCUGU